AUGGAGAACGUUGUUAGUCAUUUGGACGCUUGUAACACAAUUGUUUUGAACGAUACGGAUACAGUUAGAGAAACGGACGGAGAUGAGAAAGCCGGAGUGAUAACUGUUCCUGAAUUUCAAUGUGAGAUUUGUAGGAAGACAUUCUCUACAGAAUAUGAAGUCAUUCUUCACAAAGAAAUCCACAGUAAGAAAAAACUGUUUCAUUGUGACUCUCAUCGUUCACAAAAGAAUCAUACAGGAGAGAGACCCUACCAUUGUGAUGUGUGCGGAAAAUCGUUUGCGUCGAAUUGUGAUUUAAGGAAGCAUAACAGGAUUCAUACAGGGGAAAAACCGUUUGGUUGUGAAGAAUGUGGAAAAGCUUUCAUUUGUAAAAGUGACUUAACAAAGCAUACAAGGAUACACAGUGGAAUACGGCCGUUCCAGUGUGAAAUCUGCGGAAAAUCAUUCUGUGAUAAAUCUAGUCUCGUCGUCCACAAUAUAACGCAUACCGGGGAAAAGCUAUUUUAUUGUGAAAUAUGUGAGAAAUCGUUUGUUAACAAUUCAUAUCUGGUCAUUCACAUCCGUCGUCACACUGGAGAAAGACCGUUCCAUUGCGACUUGUGUGUCAGAUCCUUCAUCUCUAACAGUGAAUUGACAAAACAUAAAUUGCUUCACACUGGGAUUAAACCAUUCGGCUGUGAAAUCUGUGGCAAGUUUUUUGUCAAUAAAAGCGUGUUGACAAAACACAGGAGGAUCCACUCUGAAGAGAGACCGUUUCACUGUCAGAUCUGCGGGAAGUCGUUCCGUAAUAAUCCUCACCUUGAAGUUCACAAACGUAGCCACACGGGAGAGAAACCGUAUUACUGUGAGAUCUGCGGGAAGUCUUUUAUCACGAAUAGUUAUCUCACUACACACAAGCGGAUUCACACUGGCGAAAAACCGUUCCAUUGUGAAGUUUGCGGUCAGUCAUUUGUGACCAACGGUCUCCUGAAGACCCAUAAAAUGAAACACACGGGGGAGCGACGGUUCCACUGUGACAUCUGUGGGAAGCCGUUUGUAAACAAUUCUCAUCUUUUAGUUCACAAACGUAGCCACACCGGGGAGAAACCGUUCCAUUGUGAUAUUUGUAGAAAGUCGUUUGUUGAUAAUAGUGUCCUAACGAGGCACAUGAGGAUCCACAACGGCCAGAAGCCGUUCCACUGCGAGGUGUGCGGCAAGUCUUUCGUUUCUAAAAGUUAUUUAACAACGCAUAUGAUCAGUCACAGUGGGGUGAAAUCGUGCCACUGCGAGAUAUGCGGGAAAUCUUUUGUCUACAACAGUUCCUUAACGACCCACAGAAAGAUCCACACAGGGGAAAAACUCUAUUGCUGUGACAUUUGCGGGAAGGCUUUUAUCACAAACAGUCACUUGAAAAGACACAAGCGAAUACACACGGGAGGGCAGCCGGUUCCUUGCGAAACGUGA